CGAUGAUUCAAUAAACACAUGUCUGAAGGAAACUGGAGGGAGGUGAUGUUUGAGAGUGGUGGCGGUCAGUCUCAGUCACAUUGGCGGUUGUCCGCAGUUUCGGGACAGUCAAAGUGACGGCGAGAGCCUCUCGUCACAACAUGGCCGGGUCAUGGAGACCACUCACCUUCUCUAUGCUCUUCAUUGCUGUGCUAGUAUCCGGAUUUGAUUAUAAACAUAAUAAUAAGGUGCAGCAGCAGCAGCAGAGAAGUCAACUUGUGAGAGAUAUGAAACGAUUCGAGCCACAACCAGCAGGUAGCGGCAUAGUCCUGCUCCAAGCUGGCCUCCCCAUUCUUCUCGAUUACACAAAGGGCAUGAUUGCAGUUCGUGACCGGUCGAUCAGAAGAUGCAAAAUUAGCCCUAUGGAGAAAGAGAAGACCCCAAACAGCAAUAUUUGGCAAGAGAGGAAAAUAGAAAGCUACCAUCGCAACCCUGUUCAUUACGUUUAUGUGGAGGGAGUGAAUAUCACACGCAAAAUGGUUGAGAAGAUAGCUGGUUGGACACUGACCAGCUUCUGCCGGGGCUACCUCAUUCGUCUAACCUUGCUGCAGUCCGAAGGGGAGAGAGAGUGGAAAACAGCACUCACAACCAACGUCAUCCCAGGAGAAGACCAAGGUGCAGAUGACACGGAUGACCAGAUCAUGAGCCAGGAUAUGCUGCUGAUGAGGAGGCGGCGAAGGAAAAGGCAGGCACCGGGCGGGGGGAGGAAGAGGUACCGUGGUCAGACACAAACGCAGUUCAUAGCUUUCAACAACAAUGGCAACGCAAGCUCUGGUACGGGCACUGCCGAAGCGGUCGCUCAGCCCGAUCUGUCGCGAGCCACCGUCAGUGGAUCAAGUGGAAUGGGACAAGCUCAAAGUCAAUCAGCUCAUGGUGAUGACUGUGAUGAAUGCUUUCCUUAUGGAAUUUCUGGUGGUAAUUUGGGCAGAGAUGGAUUCAGCCCACAACCAGGAUCAAUAGCAUUGAGACCAGCUGGUGGUCAGAUAGGGAGUGGUCUACCUGGAACAACAGUGGCAGGAUAUCCAGGAGUACAUUUGCCCGGACAAUAUCCUGGAUCAACAGGAGCAACGGCAGGAGGUUAUCCAGGUGGUACUCAACAAGGGAUACCAGGUGCAACAGGAUAUCCAGGAGCAGCUGUACCAGGGCAGUUUCCUGGAUCAACAUCUGGUCUACCAGGUAGUGGUCUACCUGGAACCACAGGUGCUACAACAGGGGGCUAUCCAGGUUCUACACAACAAGGAAAAUAUCCUGGAGUUCCAGGUUAUCCAGGAGGUGCCCUUCCAGGGCAGUAUCAAGGGGCAACACCUCAGGGACCACCAGGUAGUGGACUAACUGGAACCACAGGAUCAACUGGAGUAGGGUAUCCAGGUACUACACAGCAAGGACAAUAUCCUGGGGUGCAAGGAUAUCCUGGAGCAAUGUCUCCAGGACAGUAUCCAGGGUUAACUCCUCAGGGACCAACAGGUCCAGGAUAUCCCGGUGCUAUACAACAGGGACAAUAUCCUAGUAGCCCAGGCUACCCAGGAGCAGCUGUUCCAGGACAAUAUCCUGGAGUGCAAAGUUACCCAGGGGCUAUUCCAGGACAAUAUCCUGGGUCAACAUCAGUAACUCCAGGUAGUGGUCUACCUGGAACUACAGGGACAACAGGAAUAGGGUUCCCAGGUGUACAACAAGGACAAUAUCCUGGGGUGCCUGGAUAUACAGGAAGUAUGUCUCCAGGACAGUAUCCAGGGUCAAUGCCUCAGGGACCACCAGGUAGUGGAGUGACUGGAUCUACAGGGGCAACAAUAGGUUACCCAGGUACUACUCAACAAGGCACUGCUCCAGGACAAUAUCCUGGAGGGCCAGGUUACCCAGUAGCAGCUGUUCCAGGACAAUAUCCUGGAUCAACUACAUUUGGAUCACAAGGUAGUGGUAUAUCUGGAGCUACAGGGACAACAGCUCAAGGAUAUCCUAGCUCUAAACAUGGACAAUAUCCUGGAGGGCCAGGUUAUCCAGGAGCUGCCCCAGGUCUAUUUUCUGGAUCAACAAUAGGACUACCAGCCGGUAGUCUACCUGGAACAACAGGGACUACAUCAGGAGGUUACCCAGGAGCUAUGCAACAGGGAAAAUAUCCAGGGGGGCUUGGUCAACCAGGAAUCGCUUCUCCUGGACAGUACCCCAGCACUGGUGGUGUACUACCAGGGAUAGCAGGAGGAUAUCCAGGUUCUACUCAACAAGGACAAUAUCCAGGAGGGCCUGGAUAUCCAGGAGGAGCAUCAACAGGACAAUUUCCUGUUGGACCACCAGGAACUUCUCAACAAGGACAAUAUCCAGGUGUAGUGAGUCACCCAGGAGCAGUCACACCAGGUUUCUAUCCAGGGUCCAUCCCAAUCGGUCCACCUAGUAGUCAGACAGGUACUGGCCAGCCUGAUUCAAUUGGUGGAGCUGGAAGUUAUCCUGGUAGUGCUCAACAAGGGCAAUAUCCUGGAGCACAAAGUUCAACUUCACCUGGACAACAUCCUGGUGCUACUUCACUGGGCACACCUGGAAGUCAGAUCAUCACUGCUCUUCCUGGAUCUACAGGUGCAGCAGCUGGAGCUCAUCCAGGGAGCUCUCAACAAGGACAAUACCCUGGAAGUCAAGGUUAUCCAGGGGCAGCAUUGCCAGGACAAUAUCCUGGUAUUCAAGGUGCGAUUGGAGGCAGACUUCCAGGAUCUGCUGGAACAACAGCUGGAGGUUAUCCAGGAGCAGCAUUACCAGGACAAUAUCCUGGAUCAUCAUCUCCAGGACAACAUGGAAGUGCAUUUCCAGGAGCUGCUGGGUCAACUGCCGGAGGUUAUCCAGGAGGAGCAUUGCCUGGACAACAUCCUGGAUCAUUCACAUCAAGUCAACAAGGUGGGGGACUUCCAGGAACAGCUGGGUCAACUGCAGGUUACCCAGGAGCAACAUUGCCUGGCCAAUAUCCUGGAUCAUCAACAUCAGGACAACAAGGUGUGGGACUUCCAGGAGCAGCUGGGUCAACUGCAGGUUACCCAGGAGCAACAUUGCCUGGCCAAUAUCCUGGAUCAUCAACAUCAGGACAGCAAGGUGUGGGACUUCCAGGAACAGCUGGGUCAGCUGCAGGUUACCCCGGAACAACAUUACCUGGACAAUAUCCUGGAUCAUCAACAUCAGGACAACAAGGCGGGGGACUUCCAGGAACAGCUGGGUCAGCUGCAGGUUACCCAGGAACAACAUUGCCUGGACAAUAUCCUGGAUCAUCAACAUCAGUACAACAAGGCGGGGGACUUCCAGGAACAGCUGGGUCAACUGCAGGUUACCCAGGAGCAACAUUGCCUGGCCAAUAUCCUGGAUCAUCAACAUCAGGACAACAAGGCGGGGGACUUCCAGGAACAGCUGGGUCAACUGCAGGUUACCCAGGAGCAACAUUGCCUGGCCAAUAUCCUGGAUCAUCAACAUCAGGACAACAAGGUGUGGGACUUCCAGGAGCAGCUGGGUCAACUGCAGGUUACCCAGGAGCAACAUUGCCUGGCCAAUAUCCUGGAUCAUCAACAUCAGGACAGCAAGGUGUGGGACUUCCAGGAACAGCUGGGUCAGCUGCAGGUUACCCCGGAACAACAUUACCUGGACAAUAUCCUGGAUCAUCAACAUCAGGACAACAAGGCGGGGGACUUCCAGGAACAGCUGGGUCAGCUGCAGGUUACCCAGGAACAACAUUGCCUGGACAAUAUCCUGGAUCAUCAACAUCAGUACAACAAGGCGGGGGACUUCCAGGAACAGCUGGGUCAACUGCAGGUUACCCAGGAGCAACAUUGCCUGGCCAAUAUCCUCAAUCAUCAACAUCAGGACAAGGCGGGGGACUUUCAGGAACAGCUGGGUCAACUUCAGGUUACCCAGGAGCAACAUUGCCUGGACAAUAUCCUGGAUCAUCAACAUCAGGACAACAAGGUGGGGGACAUCCUGGAUCAGAUAGGUCAACUACAGGAGGAUAUCCUGGAUCAUUAACUACUGGGCAACAAAGACCAGGACAACCAGGUACUGGGACACUAGCAGGAGGGUAUCCAGGAGUAGCAUUGCCUGGACAAUAUCCAGGGUCAUUAAUACCAGGGCAACAAGGAGGUGGAAUUCCUGGAUUGUCCGGUUCAACAGCAGCAGGUUAUCCAGGGGCAGCAUUGCCUGGACAGUAUCCUGGAGCUUCAAUUCCAGGACAACAAGUGGGUGGACUUCCUGGAUCAGCUGGAGGUUAUCCAGGGACAGCAUUUCCUGGACAGUAUCCUGAAUCUUCAAUUCCAGGACAAGGAGGUGGAUUUCCAGGUCAACAAGAAGGUAGGAUUCCAGGAUCAGCUGGUUCAACAGCAGGCCGAUAUCCAGGGGCAACAUUGCCUGGACAGUAUCCUGGAGCUUCAAUUCCAGGUCAACAAGUUGGUAGACUUCCUGGUUUAGCUGGUUCAACAGCAGUAAGUUAUCCAGGGGCAGCAUUGCCUGGACAGUAUCCUGGAACUUCAAUUCCAGGACUACAAGUGGGUGGACUUCCAGGAUCAGCUGGUUCAACAGCAGGAAGUUAUCCAGGAGCAGCAUUGCCUGGACAGUAUCCUGGAACUUCAAUUCCAGGACAGGGGAGUGGAUUUCCAGGUCAACAAGGAGGUAGAGUUCCAGGAUCAGCUGGUUCAACAGCAGGUGGUUAUCCUGAAGCAGCAUUGCCUGGACAGUAUCCUGGAGCUUCAUUUCCUAUUCCAGGGCAGCAAGUUGGUGGACUUCCAGGAUCAGCUGGUUCAACAGCAGGUGGUUAUCCAGGAUCAGCAUUACCUGGACAGUAUCCUGGAACUUCAAUUCCAGGUCAACAAGGAGCUGAACUUCCGGGAUCUGUUGGGGGAACAGCAGGAGGUUAUCCAGGAGCAGCAUUGCCAGGCCAAUAUCCUGGUGUUGCAGGUUAUCCAGGAUCACUAUUACCAGGGCAUUAUCCUUUAGGUCCACCAGGUAGUCAUACUGGUAAUACUGGAUCAUCAGUUGCUGGUUAUCCAAGUCAACAUGUUCAAUAUCCUGGAGGGCCCAGUUACCCAGUAGGAGGUGCUGCUCCAGGUCAGGUUCCUGGGUCAACAUCAGGACUACCUGGGAGUAUAGGUACAUCAGGUGGAGCAUAUCCAGGAGCAGGUUUGCCAGGACAAUUUCCUUUGGGACCAGGUCAGACAGUUGUUGGUCAGCCUGGUAUCACUACUUCUGCAUCAGGUGGUGAUUUUCCUGGAACUCUCUCAACAGGACAAUACCCUGAAAUUCCUGGUGGUUUGGGUAUUUCUGGUGCACAUGCUGCUGGAGCUGAAGAUUCACAGGCUGAAACUAGCAUUUUCUAUGAAGGUAAAGAAACAAAAGCAUCAGCAUCUUCUCAAGGAAGAGUUGGAACUGGUACUGCUCAAGCUCAAGUGUCAGGUACAUAUUCAGGAACUGGAUCAUUCUCUGCACAAGCACAAACAAGUGACAGUGAGAGAGGAGCACAAAGUCAAAUAGUUGGUAGUGAUAAAGGGGCAAGCAGUACUGCAGAAGGACGGGCUAGGAAGAGUCAGACACAAGCUCAGGUGAAAAUGGGGUCUGAUAUUGGUGCAUUCCAAUCACAAUCUCAAAGCUCAGGUCACACAUUCUCUACAAAUACUCAGGUACAAGCAGGCUCAGGCGGUGGCUUAGCAGAUGCACAAUCCACAGGUCCUGGAAGUACUUCAAGUCAAGCUCAAAUUGGAUUCACCCCUUAUCAGAAAAAUUCUGCUCCAGAACAAAAAACACCAUUCAAAGGAGGAGGUACAGCUGCAGCACAGAGCAGUGCUUUGGCUGGCCAGACCCAGAGUCAGAUUCAUGGAUCAUUCAGGUAUGGCAUAACCUAUACUGGAGCAGCACAAGCUGGUUCAGGAACUUUGAAUUCACCAUAUCCUAAAUUAAAUUUCAAUCAAACAAAUUUGUAUAAUUUCUCAACUGAUGGUAAUUCAAAUGUAGAUAAGGGCCAAGCCAUAGAAGAUUCACAAAAUUUGGUACAAAAGAACAAUAGUCUUAAUGAUCAAGAGGCCUUGCCUUCUGAUCCAAUACCUUACAGUCCUGUUGAUAGCAAAAAUAGUCAAUACUUGAGUCCUUCCAAUCCCAUUCCUUAUUAUAAAGUGAACAGUCAAAGUGAGCCCAGUCCAUCAAAACAGACUAAUGAUCAAACUGGACAAACUUAUUCACAAAGAGAAAAUGAGGAGUAUGAUGACGAUGAUGAUGAAUAUGACGAUGAUGACGAUGAAGAUGACAAUAACCAACCUCCUAAUCAACUCUUGCAAAGAGCUGGAAGUCACAAUAUAAUCAAACAAGCUGGAACUACAAAAACAGGAAAGUCAAACAGCAGUCAUUCAUUUGAGUCAAUCAAGGUUUCUAACAAUCAGAAUCAGGAUCUACUUUCCCAUGCAAAUAAACCAACACAGACACAGCAGGUGAUUCUUGGGUCUAGUGAUCGUCAUGGAGCUCAUAUAAUCCAGGAUUCUGCAGGAUCAGUAAGAGCAGGCGAUGUUUUCCAACCUGGACAGACUGUGCCAGGUACAAAUGGCUAUAAAAUCCCACCUGGAUUCAGAGGAAGAAUAACAUCUGUGGCUGGAGAAAAAACUCUAGCUAGAGCCCCACCAGGGGGACAGGCUCAAGCUCAAACUGUGAUUCUCACACCUGGCAAUGGAAACGUUACAUAUUCAAAUCGCAAGGACAACAAACAGGAAUUGUAUGGGAGAGAAACAUACCAGAAUUUCCGACAUUCAUCAGGUAGACCGGCAAGUCAACCUCAAACCUACGAUUCUGCGAUGAGAAAGCCGAGUUCAUGGAUAAGAAACGGUGAUAGUUCAACUAGAGACUUUGACAGUUAUGUGACAGUGACAAAAAGUGAGACAGGUGCUCUGCCAACAGGAAAAAAUGCUGCCGAUAAGAAGUAUUCUCACACUUAUUAUACAAAGUCAUCGACAUGUGGCUAUUUCACAUUUUCGUGCAAUGUUGUGUAUGGCUCCAAUGGCAGGACGAAAAUUUGUAAACCGAAUCCGCAAACAAAUCCAGAUGGCACACCUUGCACACAAUGAGGAAUUUAAAGCCAACAUUACAAAAUAAGAAAAUUUGAUGAUAAAAUGUCUCUCCAAUGGGACUGAUUUAUCAUUUAUCUAGUCGGAAGUGACUAUGGGUCAUCCAAAAUUCACGAGCAUAAAGCGUGUAAUGAGAGCACUACCUGUUGAAGAUCUUUCUCAUGAAUGGGAACACUUCGAAGUCGUCAAUAAGAGUGAAAGACGACAUACAGAUUUAAAUGAUCAAAAAUAGCAUGAAAGGACUUUUUUAUUUAUGAGACUAUUAAUGUAAUACUAUUGAAUAAAUUUCCGGAAAAUGAGUUGUUUUUAACAUUAUUAGAUAGGAUUUCAAGCAUUCAUAGCUGGAUCGAAUAGCUGGUAAAAUAGAAUAUUAUCACAUAGAUUGUACUAUAAUCAAUUAUUAUCGAUCUCAAACGGAGGAUCAAUUCCUGAUCAUUCAAAAAAAAAAAAAAUAAUAACUUGAAUAAAAUAAAUAAAUAGUUCAGCAAAAAAAAAACAUCAAAUUGAUAAUUUCACCAGAUGCAAAUUAAAUUUUCCAUCAUUCUUAAUCUUCUAUGCAAUUUAUUUGGAUGAACAUUAUUGCAAUUUCUUAUCGAUUUUAAAAUUACAGGUAAAGUGAUAUUGAUUCAUAAUGCAAGGAACAUAACAUAAUAAUACGGAUUUGAACACAGAACUGAUCUUCCAACUUCCUUAGCAUUGUGUCUCCAUAAAUCGAUAUAAAAUAAUGUAGCAUUUGUAAAUAAUUUGAUAUUGUUAUUUUUGUAAAUAGAAUUUUUAUGAAAAUAUUA